AUGCAAAACCUGGAGGGCACGGGCGCCGGGCGGUCCGUCAGCACCCAGACCGACAGCAUGACCGGUCAAAUACCAAGGCUUUCUAAAGUCAACCUUUUCACCCUGCUCAGUCUCUGGAUGGAGCUCUUCCCAGCAGUCGAAGGCCAAAGACAAAAAUCUCAGGAAAAGGAAGAGGGAAGGCAUGGACACUUAGGAGAUAAUGAAGAGAUGAUCAGAGUAUCUACUGACAAAAAACAGGUGAAGAAAACUGGUCUUGUGGUGGUGAGAGACAUGAAAAUUGUUGAUCUUCACUGUUCAAGUGAAGAGUUACAUGCUGGGAAAAUUGCUCUUAUAAAACAUGGGUCAAGGCUGAAAAACUGUGAUCUUUAUUUUUCCAGAAAGCCAUGUUCUGCUUGUUUGAAAAUGAUUGUAAAUGCUGGAGUUAACCGAAUUUCAUACUGGCCUGCUGACCCAGAAAUAAGUUUGCUUUCUGAGGCGUCUACUUCUGAAGAUGCAAAGUUAGAUGCCAAAGCAGUGGAAAGAUUGAAAUCAAACAGCAGGGCCCAUGUGUGUGUCUUGCUUCAGCCUUUGGUGUGUUGUAUGAUGCAAUUUGUAGAGGAAACCUCUUAUAAAUGUGACUUUAUUCAAAAAAUGGCAAAAACAUUUCCAGAUACUAACAUUGACUUUUAUUCCAAAUGUAGACAAGAAAGAAUAAAAGAAUAUGAAAUGUUAUUUUUUAUUUCAAAUGAAGAACUACAUAAGCAGAUGCUGAUGACCAUAGGUUUGGAGAACCUAUGUGAAAAUCCAUACUUCAGCAAUCUAAGGCAAAACAUGAAAGACCUCAUUCUACUUUUGGCCACAGUAGCUUCCAGUGUGCCCAGCUGUAAACACUACGGAUUUUAUUGUGACAAGACUGAACAGAGUAUUGGAAUUCACAAUCAAAGUUUGCCACAAGAAAUUGCAAGGCACUGCAUGGUUCAGGCCAGGUUAUUGGCAUAUCGAACUGAGGAUCAUAAAAUAGGAGUUGGAGCAGUCAUUUGGGCAGAAAAAAAAUCUCAAAAUUGUGAUGGGACAGGCAUGAUGUACUUCAUAGGAUGUGGUUAUAAUGCUUUUCCUGUUGGAUCUGAGUAUGCCGACUUCCCCAACAUGGAUGACAAACAGAAAGACAGAGAAAUAAGGAAAUUCAGAUACAUUAUCCAUGCGGAGCAGAAUGCCUUGACCUUUAGAUGUCAAGAAAUAAAACCAGAAGAAAAAAGUAUGAUUUUUGUGACAAAGUGCCCAUGUGAUGAGUGUGUACCUUUAAUUAAAGGUGCAGGCAUAAAACAAAUCUAUACAGGGGAUAUAGAUGUUGGAAAAAAGAAGGCAGACAUCUCUUACAUGCGAUUUGGAGAACUUGAAGGUGUUGGCAAAUUUACAUGGCAACUGAAUCCAGCAGAAACUUGUGUUCUUGAACAAAAUGAGCCUGAAAGCAAAGAGAAUGGAGUGGUGCGCCCCGUCCCCCCGAAGGAAGACAUGCACCUGCACAAGAAGCUGUGUCUCGGGAACCACUGA